AUGAAAAAAGGACCCGAGUUCUCCGUUGAUCAUUCCGCCGGAGGCAGUAUUCGGCAGCCACACAACGAUGCGAAAGCGGAUGUAAAUGCCGGUAUAAUUCCUGGCGAGCAACAUGUCGAGCACACAGUAACAGAGAAGGAUGUGGACGACACUGCCGUAUUCUACGCGCUGAAUGCUAGCAAGUUUGGACCGCUCACUCCGGAGAUUGAAAUAAAGACUGAGUCUCAAAUCGUACCGAGCACGACUGUCGUUCAUCAGGCCUUCUUUCCUCCGCGCAAGAGUCCCUGGGUCCAGCUACUUUGGUGGGCCUCGGGCAGUUUCGCCAACGUACUACUCACCAUGGUCGCCUACAAACUGAUCGUCAGCGACACCAGCGGUGCGCUCGUUGGCGGCAUCUCGUCAUGGAAAUGGCUUCAUAUCGUCUGUGUCAUUAUAACAUUUACCAUAUUCGUCCCCUUGCUCAUUUGGCUGCCAAACUCUCCGGUAGACGCGAAAUGGUUGACUACUGAGGAGAAGGUUCACACCAUCAGCAUGAUUCGGAGGGAAAAAGCAGGCAUCUCAAACUCAACUUUCAAGUGGGAACAAGUGAGAGAGGCUUUCACUGAUGUCAAGAGCUGGUUGUUCAUCAUUCAUAUGUUCUUUAACGAGCUGCCGAACAACACUUCGCAGCAGCUACCGCUUAUUGUAGUCGGCUUUGGCUUUACUGCAGCAGAGAGUGCUCUUUUCAACAUCGCGAAGCCCUUAAUCGGAAGUGCAUUCAUCCUCAUCUCUGCCUGGAUGCUUUAUACUACGGAUUUGGGUACUGGGUACACAUGCGCGAUCUCGUACAUUCCGUGCUUUGUUGGAGGUAUUAUCGAGGACAAAUACAAGCCUCGCUACCGGUUACCAUGGGCUUUCAUGACAGCCUUCUGGUUCAUCUCUCCUGGCAUGUGCCUCCUUAUUCGAUGGUAUCUUGUACGAGAGAACUCGAGGCGACGACAAAUAGUGGAGCAGGAUAGAUCCGACCAUAAGGAUGAGGUUCUUGAUACCGGAUCACAAACCUUUGCUAUCGAAGACGAGGACUUGGAUCAGACAGAUCGCAAGAACCUCAAGUUUGUAUAUCCGCUUUAG